AUUUCUGUUUGUUCUGUAGUAAUAAUGUGUGUGUGUGUGUGUUUGCGUCAGUCAGUGUGUGGUUGGACAGACCGGUUGUCCUACGGUCAGACUCUCUUCAUGGUCGGGAUGCUGCUGGGAUCUCUGGUCGGAGGGGCGCUGUCCGACAGGUACGGGAAGCGUCCGGUGCUGCUGGUGUGCGUGUGCGUGCACGCCGUGUGCGGCCUCGUGCCCGCCGUCCUCCCUCAUCCGAUCCUCUUCCUCGCCGUCCGCUGCCUGACGGGCGUCUGCUGCUGCUGCAUCAACAUCUGCUCCUUCAGUCUGGCCGUGGAGUGGACCCCCCCCGCGGCGCGGCUCUGGCCACCGGCCUUCCUGCCCUUCUGCUUCAGCCUGGGGACGAUGGGCGGAAGAGAGAGAGAGUUCAAAAGCGCUUAUAUAAGAUUUUCCCGUGCAUCGGACGCAGUAAGAAGGGAAAGAGGCGUGCUCGGACAGAGCGAUGCACGCUGCGGGACGUCCCAGUGGAAAGCGGACCAGCAGCGGGCGCUCCCCGUAAGGGACGGAGAAGACUGGGGGAGUAGACGCCGACGUGCCGAAAGAACGAUGUUGAUAAAGAAUGCCGAAAGUAACGCCAGCGCCGACCGCGCUGCCGGAUGA